GAACUCCACACUCCUUCCCCAUUGUUGGGGAUAGGGUUUGUGGAGGGAGGGCGGGUCGGGGCUGGGUAAAGGGGAGUGCCUUUCUGUACAACUUUCUCCUGAGAACCUGUUGGCCAUGUGAUUUUGGUAUCUUCCCAUCCCCCCGCAGCAGCAUCUCACCAUGAAGAAGGAAUCUAAGAUUGGAGGAAGAGGUCUCCGUCCCUGGCAGUGAGCGCCCACCUUAAUAGCCGUUCUUAUUUCCAGUCGCUAGUUUCUCCGCAAUGAGUACCUUAAAUAGCCAGCACCCUGUAUUGUGGGACUAAAGGUCACUGGGGAAGGAGAUGACUCUGUUUUGAGAGCCGCUCGAAGUGAAGCUACAGCUGCUUUUCAAAAGGACAAACCCGGGGAAUAUGGAGGACUUUACCACUAGGACCUAUGGCACCAGUGGCCUGGACAACAGACCUCUGUUCGGAGAAACUUCGGCAAGGGAUCGUAUCAUUAACUUAGUUGUUGGCAGCUUGACGUCCUUGCUGAUUCUGGUAACUCUGAUCAGUGCUUUUGUGUUCCCUCAACUACCUCCAAAACCACUGAAUAUAUUUUUUGCCGUUUGUAUCUCCUUGAGUAGUAUUACUGCCUGCAUACUUAUCUAUUGGUAUCGACAAGGAGAUCUGGAGCCGAAAUUUAGAAAUCUAAUUUACUAUAUCUUAUUUUCUAUCAUCAUGUUAUGUAUAUGUGCCAACCUGUACUUCCACGAUGUGGGAAAGUGAUGUUGCUAAUGAAUAAGAAUUAGACUGUUCUCAGCUACAGAUUAAGACUUGGAACAGGAAUUCUGGGUAAAGUAACUGAAGAAGCAGCAAGAUUGUGCAGGAAUUCAAUACAUGAUUUUCAUGUUAACUACAAAUCUAAAUUCCCUCUUGGAGGGGAGAUAAGACGUGACAUUGUGCUUUUCCUUUUUUAAAGAGCUGAUGGUGCACUUUAAAGAACAUUCCACAUAUAUGGAUUCAGA